AUGGCGCCGAUCUCGAGAGCCUCCGUAGGAGUCCUUGUGGUGGUGGCCGUCGCCGCCGUCCUCGCCGCCGCGGCCAACGCGCAGGCGCCCGCCGCGGCACCCACCAGUGACGGAACAAGUGUGGACCAGGGGAUCGCCUACGUGCUCAUGCUGGUAGCACUUGUCCUCACCUACCUCAUCCACCCCCUGGACGCCUCCUCCUCCGCCUACAGGCUCUUUUGAUAUCCAUAAUUUGCUUUGUAAUUCGGCGCUAAUUAAGGUGUA